AGCCAAGAAGGUCCUCAACACAACAGGCAUGAAACUUUAAGUGAAAACGAAAGGUUCAAAUUUUUUGUAGGUAGCUACAUUUAUCUAUUUUACUGCACAACUGUUUAUUUUUGCGUUUGUUCGCCGGACAUCACCAUGUUCAUCUCUUCAGAAGACGCACCGCCCGUCUUAAAGAAUUUCACCCUCGUCAUGCCAGCAGUGGCUGUCGGUAAUGUGGGUCAACUGGCAGUCGACCUCAUUGUUUCCACUCUCAACAUGAGUAGAGUGGGCUACAUACACACAGACUGUCUCAUCCCGAUGGCAGGGAACAACCCAUACACCACCUGCAAAGAGGACGCUGAGGUGCUGCACACUCCUGCAGAAGUUUACACUUCAGCAGAACUGAAGCUGGCAGUUCUUCAGAUCAGAGCACCAAUUAUUCAGACAAAGUCCAAAAAGUUCCGUCAGCAGCUCGUGUCUUGGAUCAAAGCCAGUGGCUUUUCCAGGAUAGUGGUUCUGUCCAGCAGCCAUGCAUAUCAGAGGGACGACCAGCAGCUGCAAGGCACUCCUCUGAGGUACCUGGUCACCCCGUCUCUGCUAAAGAUGAGUGCAGAUGCUCUGAAGGAGCUGGGAUGGAGGGAGAUGGAGCAACUGCCGGCUUUUCCUGAACUAACAGACGCCAAUGCAAAGCCUUGGCUCUACAUACCAGGAGCAGGCAUCACCAAAGGACUAUACACAGACAGUUGCAAAGAGGAUCUCCCGCUAGCGGUGCUGCUGCUCUUCUGCUCAGAAGGCGACAACAUCCCAGAUGCCUUCACCCUCGUCAACCAUCUCAACGACUGGCUCCAUCUGCUGGACAACCAGAGCCAAGAGCCUAACAGCAAGUGGAAGAUUCCUGCUUCCUGGAAUCUCCUGUUUGGAAGUGGCAUCCCUCCUGCACUGUUCUGAUUCACAUUUCUGUUGUUUUUUUUAUUUUAUUUUGAUGCUAUAAAUAGUUUGUGAUACAUACAAUUUAAAAAAUACUUUAAAGCAACAAAUGUUCAGUCUAAAUAAAAACUUAUAUUCAGACAGCUUCAUGUUGAAUUAACCAGGUCAGGAUAUGAAAUGUGGUCGUAUAAGCCCCUCACAAUAACAAUCUCCAUUCUUCCUGUUUUUCACAUUUAUCUUCACAUGUGCCAUGAUUACAGGAAUUGACCUCCUAAACAAGCACUUCUGAUGUACUAUAUUAUAGUAUUUGAAUAUUUUCCAAUAAAAGAUUGUCAUGGGAAUUCA